GAAACCCAAGGGUUGGUGAGUGUAGGUGAUCGAAAAGAUUCACAGAAAAAGUGAUAUUUUCCUUUCGGAUAAACCGUUAUCAUGCCACACUAUGAGGAUGCGAUUAAGAAAAUGCUCCCUAAGACAUAUCAUCGCAAACAUGUGGCCCAUGAAAUAUAUGUUGCGUUGCAUCACUUCAAAAGCCUUGUGCCCAUGAUGGAUAAAUACGUUUACAAUGAUGGAACCACAAAAAACUUGAUGAGUCUAACCGGAACUAUUCCUGUCAUGUUUGCAGACCAGACCUACAACAUCCCGGUAUGCCUGUGGUUUGAGGAAAGCUACCCCCAAACUGCUCCCAUCUGCUAUGUCAGACCCACACGUGAGAUGAUGGUUCUCAGUGGAAAGUAUAUCUCCAGCAAUGGUGAAGUCACACUACCUUACCUCGAGGAGUGGAAGAAUAGCAAAUGUGACCUAAUGACCCUACUGAGGGUGAUGGUUGUCAUGUUUGGAGAAUUCCCUCCUGUGUGCAUGCAGCCUCAUCCAGAGCCCGAACAAGCCCCUUGUUGGCUACAGUUCCACAGACAACCAGAGGUGCUUUCGAAGGCAGAUGGAAGUUUGUAUCUGAAUUUAGCCAGAGAAGAUGAUCUACCUUUCCAGCAAGAAAAUGAAACCAACUGUUAGUUUUUUUUGUGGGAUUUGACAAUAACGUUUGACUGUUUGUGUGUUGAUGAAGUGUUAAAUCCUGUGUACAGUGUCAGAUGGUAUCCAUUGAUUAUUUCAUUGUUAAUUAAUUAAUUAAUUAAUAAUUCCAGACAAAUAACAAGAUUCUGUAUAAAAGCAAGCACCUUAUAAAAAUGUAUUGACUGUGUUCGGUGUGAAUGAGUUGCAUUCUUUUUUUCUUCUUUUUUAAAAUAUGUUUUUCACAAGAACAUAAACUGCUUUGGUAUUUGAAUGCCUGUGUGUUAAACGACUUUACAAGCAGCUCAUAAAACUGUACCUAACUGCA